AUGUUCCUCUGGAGCCGUCGAUCGCGACCGCCGAGUCUCGCCAUAUCCAUAGCAGAAUACCCCGCCAAUCUCACGCAUUGCAAUCAAACGCCUCGGACAGGCGCCCGCCAUCAAGAUGAUGCGCUGCCAGCAGUGCCAGCAGUGCCAGCGUCCGGGCUGAUGGGGGAAACUGGAGGUGGUGCUGAAGAAGCCCACAAGGCAUCAUCAGAGCGCGGGAAUUCUCUGGUUUCGAAUGGCGGUAAUGGGGGCAACGUAUAUUUAGUGCCUGAUACAAAAGACGAUAAUGAUACGCAAGACCUUUCGGCACCCUCGGCGGUUUGGAGCUCUGGUCAAGAAGUGGGCGGGGACAAGGAGCCAGGAGCAGAAGAGGACGUCCCAAAGACAGUCGAGACAGCAGCCUCGAAGGGAAAGAAAGUAGCCCUAGAUCACGACCCCAUGGAAUCAUCGACUGCGACUUUGAAGCCUAAAGCCCCAUCUGCGAAGCCUUUUCCGGAGCAGCAUCUUUCUCCCAUCGACAUGCCCUACAAUGAUCCGACACCAAAAACACCAUACUCAUCGCAACCUCCGUCACGCUCAACAUCAAAUGCUACCUCAACACCACAAUAUUCUCGUAAUUUGGAUGUGGAAGCCCGGGAAAGAUCACCUACACGGUCUGAUGCUGGCUUUGACGAGAAGGCUUCUGCAAGUGGUGAUGAGCGCGAGAGCUCGAGGUCUGAGAUUCAGACUAUAAUGAACCAGUUUAGUGAGGAAGGACAAGGGCUAGGCCAUGAAGAAAUUAUGUCUCCCAGGUUCGAAAUUGCUGGACCGCUUCUUGGGAGUCCUGUCCAACAUCCGCCGAGAGAGUCUAGUCUGGAGCCAUUGAAUGCAACUUUCACGAGUGCCGGUCACAGCAUGCAAGACCUACCGAUAUCUACUGGCUCCCCCGGUAAACAACAGACUCGAGAUCCUGAGGAUAUUGGGCCAACUGUGCCCCCAAAGCCUGAUUCAAUUCGUAGUCUGAGGCAGUCUAGGGCUAGUGAUGAUCGAUAUCAACAUGUGGAUCCACUACCCCCUCCUGCUCUGCAUAGACCUCCACCCCCGGAGCCAGAGCCCGAACCAGAUUUGCCUUUUGAUUUUCACCGGUUCUUGGAGCAGCUGAGACAUCGAACAGCAGAUCCCGUAGCAAAGUUCUUGAGAUCAUUCCUCCAAGAAUUUGGCAAGAAGCAGUGGAUGGUUCACGAACAGGUGAAAAUAAUAGGGGAUUUUCUUGCCUUUAUAACCAUUAAAAUGGGCCAGUGUGAUGUCUGGCGUGAGGUUUCAGAUGCGGAAUUUGACAACGCUCGUGAAGGUAUGGAAAAGCUGGUCAUGAACCGGUUGUACACACAGACUUUCUCUCCUGCCAUUCCGCCUCCACAGCCGAUUCCCGGAUCUAAAUCAAAAAGAAGGGGAGGCGAGCGUCCAAUGGGGCCCGGAAGGAAAGGCCAGCAUCAAGAGGAUGUUGAGCGUGAUGAAAUCCUUGCCCAAAAAGUCCUUAUCUAUGGAUGGAUCAAGGAGCAACAUUUAGAUAUACCAGCCGUUGGUGACAGCGGAAAACGUUUCUUGAUUUUGGCUCAGCAAGAAUCAGAGCUUCUUAAGAUCAAGACAUAUCGGGCGCCCAGAGACAAAAUCAUCUGUGUACUGAAUUGCUGCAAAGUGAUAUUCGGCUUGCUCAAACACUCCAAAUCCGACUCGUCUGCAGACUCAUUCAUGCCUCUUCUGAUCUACGUAGUGCUUCAGGCCAACCCAGAGCACAUGGUAUCCAAUGUACAAUAUAUUCUUCGAUUCCGGAACCAAGAUAAGUUAGCUGGAGAGGCAGGUUACUAUCUGUCUUCUCUCCUGGGUGCUGUGCAAUUUAUUGAGAAUCUUGACCGUACUAGCUUGACAAUUUCCGACGAGGAGUUUGAGAAGAAUGUCGAAGCUGCUGUUUCUGCUAUUGCUGAGAAGCACCAGGCACAGGAAGUCGUGGAACCACCUCCACCCACACAACUAUCAGAGAAAUCGACUCUUAGCCGCCCUCAGGUGACACCUCGUCAUUCAAUGGAUGGCGAGUCUUCAAAUCUUCGAAUGUCAAACGAAUACGAGAGCGGAGAUGGGGGACUAGAUGAGAAGUCACCCAUGAGCGGACUAUUAAGCACCAUCCAGCGGCCACUAACUUCGAUAGGACGGAUAUUUUCAGAAGAAGCCGGCCCCUCUCACUCCCAAUCAGGACCUGCGAGGACGCCUCUACCUGGCAAUACUCCCCGCAUGACUCCGGCUCCACAAAUCAGCUCAGAUGCACCUCAAGGCCUGCCGCGCCCUCCGACGACCCAAGACAAUAGUCAACGCAGCCGACGGACAGCCGAAGAUGCAGCUGCGAGACAGGCGAGUGCCGAAGCGGCAGAAGCGCAUCGGAUCCAGAGGGCAGAACAUGCUAAUGUUGUUGAGACGCUGGCGGGAAUGUUCCCAGAUUUGGACAGAGAGAUCAUUAGCGACGUGGUCACACAGAAAGAGGGAAGGGUUGGUCUCGCAGUUGAUGCCUGUCUUGCGCUCAGCUCCUAG